UGAUCUAUGUAGGGUCUUUCGUGUUUUAUGUAUGUACCAUAUAAAGGUCAUCACCAUUUAUCGGAUAAAGAAGAUUCGAUAGACCUCCUGUGUUCCUUCCCCUUUGCUUUAUUGUGCAUCAUUUUCAUUGUUUGAUUUCUGCCGAUAUAAAUGAAAAGCCGGUGUUACUUUUUCGGAUCGGUAUCUGUUCUUUUUCCAUCAUAAAAUACAGCUAAAGUUUUUGUCAAUUGUCUAUGCAGAAUACGUCAGGUUCAGCUCAUUAUGUGUAUAUUCAUGCCAAGCAGCAGUUCUGGCUGGGUGAUUUAACUUAUUCGUUGUAACGGUGCUGUCAGUUAAAUUCGAAGGCGCUUUGAUUAGAAAGGUUUUGCCGUGUUUCUCUCCAUUGUUGUCUGUCGAUCCAUAGUUUCUACUUAAAGAAUCUUCUCCGAUGCAAAUGUCUCAGAAACCUAAAAUUACAGGUACGUACUUCGAUCAGCCAGUCAAAGAGUUGGAGUCCUAUUGUUUGCCUUCCAACCAAAGCUUAGAUCAGUACCAAUCUGGCUCUGAUGACGGCAGCAAUGGUGUGCAACAAUCGAUCCAUAAUCCAGAUCAAUACUGCACCCUUGAUUCGUCAUCCGGUAUGCAGAACUCUUCUUCGACCGCCAGUUUCUCACCCGAUGGAAGCCCUGUUUCGCUGCAAAACUACUCGUACCCAUCAGACCAUCAUUCCCCAGAAUAUACAUGGGGUUCACCAAUAAGUGGUUCUCGUGUAAUAGACAAUGAAAAUGACUUGGGGCACAUGAUAAGACAAUUGGAAACUGCUAUGCUAGGCUCCGAUUUAGAUAAUUCUGACCUUCAUUCAAUUGCCGCUUCCGGCAGAGCCACUGAAGUGUCUACAGAAGAGGAGAAGUGGAAAUACAUGAUGGAAAUGAUCGCCAGAGGAGACCUUAAAGAACUGCUCUGUGCUUGUGCCAAAACUAUAGAAAAAAAAGAUAUGUAUAUGGCCGACUGUUUGAUUACGCAAUUGCAUCAAAUGGUGUCGGUUUCGGGUGAACCAAUGCAACGUCUAGGAGCCUACAUGGUGGAAGGUCUUGUUGCAAGGUUGGCUUCAUCAGGAAGUUCUAUCUACAACGCCCUCAGAUGUAAAGAGCCUGCCGGUGCCGAACUGCUUUCAUACAUGCACAUCCUCUAUGAAAUCUGCCCGUAUUUCAAGUUCGGCUAUAUGUCGGCAAACGGGGCAAUUGCUGAAGCUAUGAAAGAAGAAAGUCGAGUCCAUAUAAUUGAUUUUCAUAUUGCCCAAGGAAGCCAAUGGUUGACUCUAAUCCAUGCCCUUGCCUCUCGGCCUGGAGGACCACCAAGAAUCUGUAUAACCGGCAUUGAUGACCCUACAUCAUCUUUUGCCAGAGGGGGAGGACUUGAAAUAGUGGGGCAGCGACUACACAAGCUUGCCGAGUCAUGUAAGGUACCAUUUGAGUUCCAUGCUGCUGUUAUUUCUGGUACUGAGGUUCAACUUGAAAACCUCAGGAUUCAACCCGGUGAAGCCAUUGCUGUAAAUUUUGCCAUGAUGCUGCAUCACAUGCCAGAUGAAAGUGUGGGCACCGAGAACCAUCGAGACAGACUGCUGAGGUUGGUGAAGAGUUUGUCCCCGAAGGUGGUGACCCUUGUUGAGCAAGAAGCGAAUACAAACACCGCCCCAUUCCUUCCCCGUUUCAUGGAGACAAUGGAUCAUUAUCUGGCUAUCUUCGAAUCAAUCGAUGUUAGCCUGCCAAGGGAACACAAGGAGCGGAUCAGCACCGAACAACACUGUCUGGCCCGGGAGAUCGUCAACAUUAUAGCAUGCGAAGGGCCUGAAAGAGUAGAACGUCAUGAACUUCUAGGCAAAUGGAGAUCAAGGUUUAUCAUGGCUGGCUUUACACCCUCUCCAUUAAGCUCAUUCGUCAACAACACCAUCAAAACUCUGCUGCAAAGCUAUUGUGAUAAGUAUACACUCGAAGAGAGAGAUGGUGUCCUUUAUCUCGGCUGGAUGAAUCGUGCUAUUGUCACCUCCUGUGCAUGGAGAUGUUAACCGAUCAAUAACUAUUUUGACACGGCAAAAACACGAGAUUAGAGCUUAUUUGGUAAUAAUGUCAUUCCCAGAGAUGCAAUGUAAACAAGGUGUUUCUAGAAUUAAAUGGUAGUGAUUAAUUUCUAGUGGUUAACUGUUGC